AUGACCGGCCUGAAAUCCUACGACUACAUCAUUGUUGGGGCGGGAACUGGUGGGCUGGUGCUCGCCUCCCGUCUCACCGAAGACGCUGAUGUGAGGGUGCUCCUUAUCGAAGCCGGUGCCAACCGCAUGGGGGAUCCUCGCAUUGAGACCCCCGGAUUCCUAGAAACAUUGUAUGGGAAUCCGGAUUUCGACUGGGAUUAUAUGAGUGAGCCGCAGGUGCAUGUCAACAACCGACAAAUUGCGCAGCCACGUGGCCGUGUGGUCGGUGGCAGCUCCACCAUGAACUUUUCCGUUAUCAUGUAUCCGUCUGAGGCCAAUUUCGCCGCAUGGAAGUCCCUGGGCAACGAGGGUUGGGGGCCUGAGGACAUCGCUCCUUACCUACGCAAGUUCCACACCUACACUCCACCUUCUGAGGAGACUGCCGCUUUUCUCUCUUUGGAUAAGUACAUGAAGCAGGAGAACCAAGGGAAAGAUGGACCGAUUCCUGUCACUUUGCCUAAUGUAUAUGGCCCCUUCAACCAGGCUUGGGAUGAAACCUUUGGCCACCUGGGCUGGCGAACUGACGUGGAUCCCAUCUCGGGCCGCAAAGUCGGUGCAUUCACUUCCCCUUUGUCUGUCGACGGAGCGACUGGUCGUCGCGGUUAUGCUGGCGCCUACUACUCCCCUAAGGUGGCAGACCGACCGAAUCUGGACCUGCUGGCUGAGACCAUGGUGGAACGAGUCCUACUGACCAAGGACGCCGAUGGUCUUGCUACUGCGACCGGGGUGCAAGUGAAGACAAAAGGCGAAGAGACUGGCGAGAUCGUGGCAAAUCGCGAGGUGAUUAUCUGCGCAGGUAGUCUCAACUCACCGCAGAUCCUUGAACUGUCGGGUAUUGGGAAACGCGACCUCCUGGAGAAGCACAACAUUCCGGUGGUCGUUGACCGGCCCGGUGUUGGCGAGAACCUCCAGGACCACUGCCUAGCAGCCGUCAGCUUCGAAGUUGCAGAUGGGCAAAUCUCGGGAGAUAUUACGCGUGAUCCCAAUGUCGUGCAGUCCUUGAUCAAGCUGUACGAAGAAACGCACUCUGGACCGCUAGCAGGAAUGCCUGUCAGUAUGGCUUACCUGCCCCUGAUGGACCACGACGGCAGACUAUCAAGCGAAAAGGUGGAAGAGCUCCUCACGCAGCACCUGGAUCGACACAUGAAGGAUGCCCCAUCCGCCCAGCAGCAGCAAUACGCGCUCCAGCGCAAACUUCUUCAAGAGGGCCGCAACGCCUCAGCACAGUACAUGUUCCUCCCUAUCCAAGUGCACAUGAACCCCGGCAAAACCACCAUGUCGGACGUCCUUGCUAAAGCUCUCCCGGGAAAUUACAUCACAAUCUUAGUCCUGCAUAACCACCCCUUCUCCCGUGGUUCCGUACACAUCCGUUCCGCCAAUGCGAACGACAAGCCCAUCUACGACCCCAACUACUUGUCCCACCCUCUUGACAUUGAGAUUCUAGCCCGCCACGUCCAAUACCUCGACCAGGUCGCCGCCACCGAGCCCUUCGCGGGUCUACUGAAACCUGGUUCCCGACUUCCCGAGCGGGCUAUCGAUCUGACUGACCUUGAGAAGACAAAGGAGAUUGUCAAGGAGCGUCUUUUCACCUGCUUCCACCCGGCGGGAUCUUGCGCUAUGAUGCCUGCUGAGUUGGGCGGUGUUGUGGACUCUAAGCUGAAGGUGCAUGGCACCCGGAACUUGCGUGUUGUGGACGCUAGUGUCUUCCCAUUGGAACCGGCUGGCAAUAUCCAGGCUACGACGUAUGCCGUGGCUGAGCGGGCGGCCGAUAUAAUUCGGGGGCUGUGA